CCGCCGUGCCCGGAGCGCCGCGUCCCCCGAGGGUCCUGUACAUCGCCCUUGCCUGCAACACAGCUCGAUAUAUUUACAUCUCCUAUCUGGAAAAUGCUUGGACUGUUCUCCCGAUGGAACUCCUUCAAGGUAUGACUCACGCGGCCAUCUGGGCGGCUUGUAUCUCCUACCUGAGUGCUGCAGUGCCUCCAGAGCUGAGAACUUCCGCUCAGGGCAUUCUCCAGGGACUUCACCUGGGCUUGGGCCGAGGGUGCGGCGCAAUGGUUGGCGGUGUCCUGGUCAACUACUUUGGGGCGGCGUCAACAUUCAGAGGGAUCGGGAUGGCCUUCCUCGUGAUCCUCUUGCUUUUUGCUUUGAUCCAGUGGCUGGCAGUUCCUGACGAACUUGAAGAAAAGGCCAUGCUGGCCGAAAGGAUCCCAGUGCCUUCUAGCCCGGUGCCCAUCGCUACAAUCAAUCUCGUCCAGCAACAGACGGAAGACAUCCUGCCUCGGCCAGAGCCCAGGCUCCCGCCCAAGAAGACCAAAUACCAAGAAGAGCAGGAGGACGUGAACAAACCCGCCUGGGGCAUCAGUUCUUCUCCGUGGGUGACUCUCACGUACGCCAUCUACCAAAUCAAGGAGAUGGUGCAGCUCUCCAAGAGCAGCCAGGCCCUCGAGAACCAACCUCUGCAGUUAGGAAGAGAUGAGGGAGCAAGCCAACAAUAGCCCUAGCUGUGUGCCAAGCACGCCUUCAAACCAGUCUCCGAAUCUGAGAAGCGGUGAUGCCUCUGGAGACGCUCCGGCUCCCCCCGGCCCCCAAUCCAGCCCCGACAACCCCAUACCGGACCCAGUUCCU